UUUUGUAUCUGUUAGUUAUUACCUGAAAUUGAAAUCGUCACUUGUUGUCCGUGUUGUCGAUCGUUUGUUGUGUUCUUCGUUCGAUCUUUUUUAUUUUGAAAUUUCUGUUUCAUUUAGUCUCUCUUUUUAGUGAAAUGAACGAUUGCAGUCAAUGUUUGUUUUAAUUGUUUUUUUUUACAUUUAUAUACUUUUAUAAUUUGUUUAAAUUUUAUUUAGUUUAUUUUUCCAUUGUACUUUAAAGUCACGGUUUAAAGCAUAAAAUUCGAAAAAUAAACUUUGACGGACCAAACACGGUGAAAAAUAUUUGCAAGCCAUAACAACGCUUACAAAAAAUUGAGCCUACUUGUACUUUAGUUUCAAAUUAACGGAGAAAUAAAAAAAGUACUUAGAAAGUUAAAUAAAGCGUUAGAGAUAAAUAAUUAUAAAAUAUAUUAAGCAAAUAAACAGAUUUGAAAAAAAUAAAACAUUAUCAUAUAACAACAAAUGAAUGCGAAAAAAAUUAAAUUAGAAAAAAAAAACAUUAAAACUACAAUAAAAUUUAACUAGAAAAUUAACAACAGCAAACGGAAGUGAAAGAAAAAAUUAAAUAAAACAAAACAAUAAAAAAGAGAAAAUAAUAAAUUCUAAAUUACAAAACUAUAAUGAAAAAUCGUAAUCUACUGGAUGGUUCGAUGGCGUCAAGUAAUUGUGCAGCAGCAGCAGCAACAAUGUGUUUAGCAAAUAAUGCAAAUAAUUGCAGUAACAAUAAUAAUAGCAAUAUAAAAACCAAUGUUACAACAUUAGGCCACCCACACAGUCAUAAUAACAAUAACAUAAUGGCUUACAACGGAAACGGAAAUGCUAACGAAUUCAACAGCAACAAUAAUAUGACAACCAACUCUAUGUGCAAUAAUAUUACUAGCAACAAUAAUAAUAACAACAACAGCCUUACAAACAACACUACCUUAACAACAGCCGCCUGUACAGAGUUGGGAAGUUCAGCAUCAGCAGCAGCAACUGCAGCAACAACAGUUUUAUCCUUAAAUUCUAUAAAUUCAUUUAUGCCAACAGAAAAGCUAACAACAGCAACAAAAACAACAUCUGCUAUGGCACCUACAAUUGUAUCGUCAAUUACCACAAUGCAAACAACAAACAAAUCAACAACCACACCCACCUCACCGCCUAUAAGUUUGACCACAAAUGGCCAUCAUCAACAUUCUCAAAAUCAUCAACAGCAGUAUCAUCAUAAUCAUCAUCACCAGCAUAAUCAGCAGCAACAACAUCAACAACAACAGCAUCAGCACCAACAGCAACAACAACAACUUUAUCCUUCGAUAACACCGACAUAUUGGCAACCUGCACCAAAUCCAGCCCCAUAUUUAGUUCCAGAGCGUAAACUUUUCGUUGGCAUGUUAAAUAAGAAGUAUAAUGAAGCUGAUGUCCGACAAUUGUUUGCCGGUCAUGGCACCAUUGAGGAGUGCACGGUUUUGAGGGAUCAAAAUGGUCAAAGUAAAGGUUGUGCUUUCGUAACAUUCGAUACUAAACAACAUGCCAUCGGUGCCAUUAAAGCCCUGCACCACAGUCAAACUAUGGAGGGUUGUUCGGCACCACUCGUUGUUAAAUUUGCCGAUACGCAAAAGGAAAAGGAUCAAAAGAAAUUGCAACAAUUACAGGUGGGUAUCUGUGGCAUUACAACGCUUACAACACCACCAGCCCAGACAACAGUCAUUGGAGCUUUAGCAGCACCUCCCACAGCGGCCAACGCCUUAAGUCCUACCAAUGCCCUAGUGCCAACACCUGUGGCCGCCACAACACGUACAAAUCCCACCAUGGCUGCCCUGCAUGCCGCCAUCGCUGCCCCACCACCAACUCUACCGACCGCAACGGGUGCUACAGCUGGCAUAAUACCCACAUCGGCUGCUAGUCUAUCGGCUGUAACACCAACAAUGUUGGUAACCGCUGCCAGUACGACACAUCAGCAAACUUCACCUUAUUUAACCACAGCCGAUGGCAUGUUAUCCAAUUCGGCAGCAGCAGUUGCCGCAACCCAAAUGCAAAUAUUCCAACAACUACAAGCUUUUGGCUUACAACCGGCACAUUAUCUACAAGGACUAAAUUUCCCACCGGAUCAUAGUACCACAGCUGCUUCAUUAUCGGCCUCGGCAGUCGCCGCUGCCACCAACAACCCUACUCCUGGCAACGGACUAUUGGCCACCCCAAUUUCCAUGCAAAAUCUGGUUACCUUAGCCUCUUUGAAUCCCGGCACAGUACAGUCCGCUCAUGUUACUCAAGGUACUUCUAGCCAGCAUCAUGGAGUGCCCACUUCUCAGGCUCUUACAUUCAAUGCGGCCCAGGUUCAUCAGCAACAGCAGGUACAUCAUCAUCAUCAGCAGCAACAACAGCAUCAAGCUCAUAUGGCUCAACUAACCGCUGCUCAUCAAAUGUCUAUGGCCGCCGCUACACCCCCCUCAUUAGCUGCACAUUUUGCUGCUGCUGGUCCCACUGGUCAUCAUCACGCUUUAUGGACUGGCGCUGAGGCUCUUACAUCACCAUACGCUCCAACACUUAAUCCAUUGACCAAUGGUGCUUAUGCUGCUGCAGCAACAGCACCCCUAACGGCAUCAGCACUACAGGCAGCCGCCGCAGGAGUAGCUGGCAAACAAAUUGAAGGACCCGAAGGCAGUAAUUUAUUUAUUUACCAUCUACCUCAGGAAUUCACCGAUACUGAUCUCGCUUCAACAUUUCUACCUUUUGGUAAUGUUUUAUCUGCCAAAGUAUUUAUCGAUAAACAAACAAAUCUGUCCAAAUGUUUCGGUUUCGUAUCCUACGAUAAUCCGCUAUCAGCCUCCGCUGCCAUACAAGCCAUGCAUGGCUUUCAAAUCGGCACAAAACGUUUAAAGGUGCAAUUGAAACGUUCUAAAGAUGCGGCCAAGCCUUAUUAGUUUAUAAAAGAACUAACUAUGUACUAACAAGGAAAAUUUAUUGAAAAAAAUAUUUUAAAUAUUUAAGUAUUUGAAAAUGAAAAAGAAGUAAUUUGAGUGCCUUUAGCCCUUAAUAAAAAGAUAACAUUUACAACCAAAGGACCAAUUUUGUUUUUAACAAAAAUUUAAUUAAAUAAAACAAAUAUUUUUAAUAAAUUUAAUUUUAUGAAAAAUUAAAAAUUAUAAUAACAUCCCUUUUUAUUAAACACAUUUUAAAAAGUAGUAGUAAAACCAAAGAAUGUAAACCAUUUUUAGCAAAAAAAUUAAAAAAAACAAGAAGAAAAAUAAUGAAAAACAACAAUAAAUAUUAAUUAAAUAAAUUAAACAAUAA